GAGCGAUCCGAUGCUCGCAGCCUUCGACUACCUCUCGUGUGUUCACCAUGCCGUAUCUAGUCUAGACUAGACCCUAGAAGUCGUACGACUCAUCGCGGCUCUCGGCCACGUGCCCCCGGACCACGGAGUCUGGAGUCACACCACUGCAGGUCGCGUGUGCAUCGAAAAGGCAUCACUCAACCAUCUAGCGGGAUUUCCUCAUUGCUGGUCUCACUGUGGAUCCCUUCUCGGACUAACCAAAUCUCUUGGACCAUCCUCUUCCUCUCAUCCCCGUCAUAACAGCCCCUCGUUAAGCGGACCCACUCCGACAAAAAGCCCGGGGAUGACCAUUGACCACCCGGCGGUCCCAAACCGACGAACCAACGUCUCUGCCAACAUCUUAUCGAUCAAUCAUAUCUGAUGCUGCCUAGGCUUGGCUGCUUCAUAUAGUGACCCCCGUGUCUGUCCGAAGCCUGACCUGUCACCCUUGCCACGCCCGUUGACGCUCCACCAGUCACUCUGGCUAAAUGCGAAACCGCCCGUCGCUUGCUCAUCUUCAACAGAUCUCUGGACUCUCUAUCUCUCUCGUUCAACUCCGAUACCAUCAACAGUCGCUGGGCAACAAGCACCAUGCACACAGCACCUGCGUCACUCCCGCCCAUGAUCGCCCGUCUGACUCAUUGAUCUGAUCGUGCUACACCCUGCGGAAAUGCGGACGCUGAGGUCGGACCGCGCCUUACAACUCGCUUCUUUGCCUGCAGUCCCCGUCGACGUGCAUAAGUGCGACCGACGAUCGGUGCUCCAACUCAUCCCUCUUUUCGGCCUUCCUUUCCAAAUUCUACCAGCUUGAAGAUUUGCUUCUUUCCUUCACCCCACCACUGGGCGCCCCCUCGAUCCAGUCCAUCUCCCCUUGCAGACGACUGCAGUUGGGCGCCUUUAUCGUGUUGCUUCAACACUAGCUCUAUCCCCACCACGGCCAAGCCCCGAGGUCAUUCCUCUUGAUCGCGGUUCGUAAAGACACGGCGGAUCUACCCAUCCCGCCCACCCACUGCCGAGAAAACCGGCUUGUUCAAGCAUAGCCUUUUAUGGCUUUAUCGACUCCCGCGCUUGCCCUGCUUCCUAUUCCGAACGCAACACUGCUGCACUGUACCUCAUCCGUCUCCCUUUUCGCCCAUGUUUCAUGCGUUCAUUUGCUUACUAUUCUCCUGAACGGCCCGGCUGAUUUGUUGGCGGCCGUAUUUUGUGUUUUCUUUUUUUUUCCCUCCUCUUCAGCUCUCUGUCGGUGGAUCUGACUGGUUCAGCCCGCCCCCAAAGGAAAACCCCCCCAAAACCUCGCUGGAGUAGACGGUGCCCAAACGGUGGUUAGUCAAACAGCAGGACAUUUCUCCCCUUUUAUGGUGAUAUGCCCGCCGCCUAUCACGCCCAUACUGCAUGAAAUAUUUUUGAUGGUCCUGAUAUCGGUUCUACCAUACUGAUCGAGACUACGCCGUUCUACUGUCCCAACUAUCUCACUGGUCCCGCUAUCUUUUGCUCUCAAGGAUUCGACUUGUCUUUUGGGUUUCCUCUUUUUUUGUGAACAUAUGGACUCGCCUGUUCAUUCUGACGCCCUGUAAUUACUCUUUUCUUUUCGCCAGACAUUACUGUGUGCGUGCACGCCCCGCCAGGCCGUGGAGAUGCCCCUUCUCGAUCCUCGCGCUGGUCUUUCCUACGGUGCUAUAGAACAGCGGGAUGAUAAUAGCAACAUGGACGAGGAACGAGAUCAAUUACUCCGAGAUGGGUACGAGACUGGGGGUGAUCUCGGAAGUCCCGAGACCCCGGACGAGGCACAAGAAGGUGUUUUGAAAAUCGAGGCGAUUAAUAUGACAUGGACAACGCGUUCGUUGCUUAUCGCCUAUGUCAGUAUAUUCCUCAUGGCCUUUUGCACCUCAUUAGAGGGUCAGACAGUCAUGUCAUUAUCGGCAUACGCUACAAGUGCAUUCAGCAAGCACUCGUUAAUCUCCACAGUGCUCGUCGUCCAAAAUGUUGUCAAUGCCGUUAUCAAGCCACCCAUGGCCAAAGUUGCCGAUGUUUUCGGUCGCUUCGAAGCCUUUUGUCUUAGUAUCUUGAUUUACGUCCUGGGUUAUAUACAGAUGGCCGCAUCCACAAACGUUCAGACCUACGCUUCAGCCCAGAUUUUCUACUCUGCCGGUUCCACGGGCUUGCAGAUUCUCCAGCAAGUCUUUAUCGCUGAUAGCAGUGACUUGCUCAACCGUGCCUUUUUAGCCCUUUUGCCGGAGUUUCCCUUUUUGGUCACCGUUUGGCUCGGUCCGACCAUUGCCGAUGCGGUCCUGCGAUCAUCGUCGUGGCGAUGGGGUUACGGUAUGUGGGCGAUCAUUUUGCCUGCAGCUUUCCUGCCGCUCGCGAUGUCGCUGCUGCUGAAUCAGCGCAAGGCUCGACGGUUGAAUCUGAUCAAGACAUCUCGGAACAAGAAGAAUCAGAGCUUCCUCGGCAUCGUGAAACGAACCUGGUAUGAUCUGGAUGUCGGUGGGCUGACCUUGUUGUCUGCCGCAGUCACCUUGAUCUUGGUGCCGCUGACUCUGGCGGCCACAUCGAAGAAGGGAUGGGGAAGUCCCAGUAUCAUUGGCAUGAUGGUUUUCGGCGUGGUCUGCUUGUUUAUCUUGCCAUUUUGGGAAGGCUCCCGGAGAAUGGCGCCAAAGCCUUUGCUUUCUUUGCACCUUCUGCGUCAACGAACUGCUCUCGCGGGCUGCGCGUUGGCGUUCUGGUACUUUAUGGCUUUCUACUUCUCCGUUCAACCAUAUCUCUACUCUUAUCUCCAGGUUGUCCAAGGCUACGACGUUGCCACCGCUGGACGCGUCACCCAAACCUUUGCUUUUACCUCGACCAUCGCUGCAUUCACCGUUUCCCUCCUCAUUAAAUAUACCCGACGAUACCGCGUGUUCGUCACCGUCGGCUGCGUCAUCUACAUGAUGGGCCUGGCGUUCAUGCUCCUUUGCCGAGGUGAAGGCGCCUCCCAUGCUCAAGUCCUCGGCGCACAGAUUAUGGUUGGCUGCGGCGGCGGUCUCCUCAACGUACCCGUUCAACUGGGCGUGCAAGCCUCCGCAAGCCACCAAGAAGUCGCAGCCGCGACCGCAAUGUUCCUGACCUCGAUGGAGAUGGGCGGUGCCGUGGGAGCCGCCAUCUCGGGUGCGAUCUGGUCGACCUUGAUCCCGAAGAAACUGAUGCAGUACCUGCCGGACGAGACCAAGUCCGAGGCAGGCGAGAUCUUCGGCAAGUUGACCACGGCGCUAUCAUACCCGCCGGGAUCGCCGACACGCGAUGCGAUCAAUCGUUCCUACCAGGAGACCAUGAACCGGCUCCUGACACUAGCUCUUCUCGUGACGCUGCCGCUCGUCCCGCUCAGUUUAAUUAUGGAGAACUAUAGACUUGACAAAAUGAGCCCGAAGAGCAGUGCCGACCACGAUCCCAACAUCCCACUCCCCGCCGAGGCGGAAUCCGACUCUGAUGACACACACGACAAGCGGACGUAGACACCCAACAUUCAAUUUGGGUGUCUAUCGCCGCCCGAUAUGAAUGCCACGAUAUUACGAACUGCAUCUACACGUUUCGUCUUCCUUUCCGAUCUAUUGACACAUCUUUUGCAUGGCAUUCUUAUUGCAUGUUUCAUGUCGAAACCUCAGCAAUUUGGCGUUUUAUUUUCACCUUUGUUCAGUGCGAGUCUUGAUACAUAUUUUGGUUUUUCUUUGUCAGCCUUGAUCCCUUCUGAUCUCCGAGCCGACAUGACGCGAUUCGAUCUGCGAUCUACUUGUUUUGGUUUCAACGGAUCCUCGAGUCUGCGUUUUCUGCACCUUUGCCCUUUCAUCCAUUCCCCCCUGCAUUCGGCAUUUCC